AUGGGCACCUACGACGAAACACACCUCCAACCCACCACUACGAUCGACGCUUCCCAUGAUUCUGUCAAAACCAACGAAACUACAUCGACGGAAAUUUCCUGGGAUGGUGAGAGGGACCCAGAAAAUCCAUACAACUGGCCCGUGUCGCGAAAAUGGGCACUGACAUGCCUCGCCGCGUUUACGACAUUUCUGUCAAUGAUGAACGGCACCAUUAUCACAGUCGCGCAUUUCGAAAUCUCAGAGCGCUUCAGUGUGACCGAAACAAGCUUCCCAAACUCAUACUGGCCCGUGACAACAUGGGCUAGCGGAGGAGCUUGCUCUGCUCUGUUUAUUCUUCCCCUGGCAGAGGAAUUUGGAACCCGACCAGUGUUCCUGUCAACAUAUCUUCUUUUCCUUUGCUUCCUUGUACCCCAGGCUGUCGCUCAAAACUUUGCUACACUGGUAGUCACUCGCUUCUUCGCCGGCGGGUGUGUCGCAAUUCUGGCCAACACGGCUGCUGGGGUCAUCGGCAAUAUUUGGAGCACGGAAUGGUCAAGGUCAAUCCCCGUCAGCCUAUAUAUUCUGGGGUAUAUGGCAGGAAGCAGCAUGGGCCCUGUUAUGGGAGCUGCGAUACAUGAAUCGCUGGAUUGGAGGUGGGUCGGCUAUCUCCAGCUCAUCUGGUUCGGCGCCCUCUUUCCAGUCUACUAUUUCUUCAUGUACGAGUCACGCGGAAGCGCAAUACUCGCACAACGAGCGCGGGCACUGAAAAAACGCGGAAAGGGCGAUGAAGCCGAUUUUGAAGAGGAGCGAAUGUUGUCUUCAGCAAAAUUGCGCCAUUUUUUCCAUAUCGCGACGAGACCUGUGGUUCUAUUUUCUACAGAGCCGGUCUUGUUUGUGUCAACGGUAUGGUCUGCAUUCACCGUGGGGACUUUGUUCCUAUUCACGCAGUCAGUCGAGCAAGUGUUCAUGGAACUAUAUGACUGGGAUGUGGCGCAAACUGGCUAUGUGCAGUGCUCAAUCGUCAUCGGAGAGUGUGUGGGGUGGGGAUUGAAUCUCAUAUCCCGGAAGCUCUACUUCAGCUCUGCUUCUCGAAACACCGAAGUUCCUGGCACACCGAUCCCGGAAGCAAGAUUGUACAUGGCUGUCCUGGGAGGUGUCUUCGGUAUCUCGGGCGGCAUGUUCACCUACGCUUGGACUUCCUAUUCGACGAUUCCGUGGAUUGCGCCUGCGAUCAGCUUGGCCAUGGUUGGUGCUGGCAGUGUGCUAGUUGUCUCAGGUGUAUCGGACUACGUGGUCGAUGCAUACAGUGACUACGCUGGAAGUGCGAUGGGGUCAGUUGCUGGCGGAGAGAACAUUUUCUCUGCUUUCUUACCACUUGCUACCAUGAGCAUGUACGGCAACAUUGGACUUCAAUGGGCAAGUACAUUACUGGCUCUGGUAUCUUUAGUGCUAUCACUGGUGCCAACCUUGAUGUUCUUCUGGGGAAAGGAAAUCCGGGCACGUAGUGUAUUCAUGAACGCCAUGAAAGACACGGUGAAAAAGGGCCACGAAGCAGCCUGA